UCAUUACCAUUGUAUUUGAAAUAAAUGGUAAAGUUCUGUGUUUUGGCCUUAGAGAAUUUGCACUGAUCACUGGGCUAGAUUGUGUCUCUGAUGAAAACGAUUUUGUUUAUGAUAACUCAAAACCGAAUAGGCUUAUGGUUGAAUAUUUUGGUAGAAAAUGAGGAGAACCAACUGUCAGUUAAAAGACACGAGCUUAUUGAGCGUUUCAACAAGACAGUUUGGGAUGAUAAAGGGGAUGACGCAGUCAAGAUGGCAAUAUUGUAUUUCAUAAAUACGUGGGUACAUUGUGGUGAGCCAAACUCAACAAACAUACCAAGGAUCCAUUUUGAUGUUGUGGAGGACGGGAGAUAUAAUGAGUAUCCUUGGGGUAAAGAUUCGUUUAGAGAGUUGGUCGUAAGCAUCAGGCAGAAAUAUGCUGGUUUUAAGAAAUAUUAUAGGAUUCAUGGGUUGCCACUUGCUAUGCAAGUCUGGUUGUAUGAAUGUUGCUCAAAAGUCCCGUCCACCAUUGCAAUUAAGACGGGGAAUUUGAUUCCUAGAAUUUUGAACUGGCGGACUACGGAAGGAAAAUCAGAAUUCAAGAGAUUGAUGGAUGACAUGUUCAGAGAUGACAAAAACCCGUCUUGUAGAUUUGAGGAAGUUGUGCCAACACCCCAUGAGUUGGAAACUCUUAAUUUGCCUCCUGUUGCACAUGAUAUACCAGACGUCAAACAUGGAGUUGAUGGUGUACAUUGUAUUGAUUUGGUAGACGAUGAUUUUAGUACCACACCACCGCAUAUGUCCAGUGGCAAACAACAACAAAGGAGUGCCAAUUCUGAUUCUCCGCGAUGCAAGAAACGGACACAGUUUCCCGUUUCUGUUUCUCCUUCCAGGAAACAACCAUCACGGAAGGAAUCUCGGAUAAAAGGGACAAGGAAACCAGAUGCACUUACAGGACCCGGAACAAAUGAGUUUAAACUGAUAAGGGAAGAGAUUCAGAUUUUCAAGAAAGAAGUGUUUUACUACAUGGAUAACAACUUCAAAAAGUUGUCAGAUGAAAUAAAGGGCAAUCAAACACCAGAUAAGCUCGCUGAUAGUAAAGCCCCGUCACAUCAACAUGAUGCUUGCAUACAACACUCACAUGAGAAAACCAACGUCAUCGUUCUGAUAAAGGCACACCAACUAUCAACGACGUAGUCGAAGACAACACGAUAAAAAUGGAAAUUAUUAACUUUUUAAGUUAUUUUGAUAUAUUUAUUGGAAGACUUUAUAUUUUUUUUUGGAAAAUUUUAAAGGCCGGAGACAUAAUGUUGCAAGCUGACUUACAUACUGAUGGUGGGAUUUCUCAAGGCAAUCAAAGUGGCGGUGCAGUAAAGUUUUCAGCCAAAGAGAAUUAAGGUGGUGGUGCAACUUCCGCGCAGAGGAGUCAUCCAGUGGUUGAGGCAGUUGGGUUGCCAAUUAAUGAUCCGGUUUCUGUUGUUGAUGUGGAUAAAGAAACCGGAGUUAAAAGUGAUGCACAAACAGAUGGAGUGCCCAUAACACCAAUCCAUUUAAAAUUUGAUGAAUCUCAGAGAACCGGUGAUAUGAAGAAUGCUAAUGCUGAAUUUACCGCAUCAGAGGAAAUGAUAGCGGACUUGCUAGUCAACUAUCCUUUAGCAUUUGUUAUUCCUCUCGGUCCUCCUCCAGUACCACGCGAUGAUCAAGCCGAUUUGUCAAGUUUAAGGACCCCUCAGAAUCUGGACGAUAACCCGGUAACGAUCUCUCAGUGGAUGAUUCCUGAUUCUCAGAUACCAAUCCAACUUGGAGUACUACCAACAACUGGACAAAGUUCAACUAAUGAAACUGAACAGCAAGUUGGAGUACAACCGAUCGUUGGCCACAGUUCAAGUGAUGAAACUGGACAACAAGUUCCUGUACAACCAAAUGCGGGUCAAAGCUCAAGUGGUGAGAUUGCACAGCUUUCAAACCCUGAAAAACAAAUCAUUGUCCAUCCAGGGGCUGCCCGAGAAAGGAAACCAAGCAAAUACAACCUGUCCCCUUACUGUCCUAAUUUCAGCUCAGCGGGUUCUUCUGCCAAAAAUAUCAGUCCUUGCAUUUAUCAGAAAAAACACCCAUUUGUUGAGCACCCUAUCAAUGCCCCGUUAGAUACUUCGUUUCUUCAAGAAUAUCAAAAGUGGCUGGAGAAGGAUCUGUUGAAAUCGCACGACAAAAAGAAACCAAAGGAAAAUCAUUACAGAAAGAACAAGGAAGGACUGGAUCCUGCGGAUGCCGAACUUCGGUUACAUUUAGGCGUUACAGCUGUAUCCGACAAAAACUUGUUAUCUAUGGAUGGGCAAAUUUGGACUGAUGAGCAUAUUGAUGUUAUUUUCUACUACCUACGCAAGAAGGGGAAGUAUCACAAUUAUAGAUUCACUACUGUCAGCUAUUUUUUCUUGCUGAAAUUUACACAUCUUGGGAAAACCCUGAUUCAUCCACAUGUGUCGCCAGUAAGGAAGAUGAACUGUGUGAGUACAUUAAUGGGCACAGGCCGUUGGCUAAUGUACAAUGAUAUACUGUUGACAACGUACUAAUUCCUGUCAACGUAAAAGAGGAAAAUCAUUGGAUUUUGGUUGUGAUAUCAUUCACUGACAGGUGCAUCUACGGAUAUAACUCAUACCGAGCUGCAGGGCAUGAUGCUGUCGUUAGAGCCGGAAUGAAAAUGUUGGCUACUCUUGUGACACACAGUUUACAAAUGACUGAUUUCUAUGAGAAGAAGGCGGAUAUAGAGUUUGCCACACAUCCUUCUUACAGAAACAGAGAACAGACUGACAACUUUGACAUUGUGAAGGUAGACAAUCUCCCGCAACAAGCUCCCGCUAGCAUGGAUUGUGGUGUGUAUGUGGUAGCCUUUGCUGAAUACUUGAGCUCAAGUGAAGUCAUCCCAACCGAAUUCGAUGCAAAGUUACUCCGUAUGAGAUACGGUGCCCUUUUAUGCGACUAUGCAUGGGAUAAGUCAAACAACAAUGCAUCAAGUGAUAACGAGUUGCCUUCAAGACCAAUUAGACCAGUAGUUGAUUACGAUGCAGUUGAUAAAGAGGAUCUUGAUUAGGCCAGCAUGUCUUUUGUGUUUUUGAUUUUCAUGUUGAACAAUAGCAUAGUUGGUUGCGACUUUUGUUGUUUUUUUUUUUUUUCAUUUUGGACAUAUCGUUUCAUGUGCAUUAAUGUUUUUUAGGAUGAUUAAUGUUGAACGCCACCUUAUGGUUUUUAUAUUGUUGUUUCUUUCAAGUUUGUUAUUUUUUCAAUGCAUAAAGUCCAUU